AUGAAAUACCUAGCUCUUUGUGCCAUCGCAGCCUUGGCGUCAACGGCGAAGGCCUUCGGCACAAAGGGAAGGCUCCACGGGCAUCAUUCUACGUCUAUGCAAAACGAACAUACAGAAUCCAACGUUUAUGCUUUAUCCACGAACAACUUCAUCGGUAACUUUGCUAGCGAAGCCAGCGAGAUCGUCAUGGGCUUGGCAGAGGAAGAUAACGCUAAAGCGCUGCUCGACGAACCUCUAAAAUUCUUCUACGGCCCAAAGGGCGAUUCAUCAGAGGCGGAUAUGUCUAAUGAAAAAAAUUUUCAGAAGACUGUGGCAGAAUGCCUGUUGACACACGAGGAAGAUUCUGUAACGAAAACUAAAACUGUAUACCUCUCACUUAAGGACGCCGAAGCCUACGGCAAACGUAUUGAAGAUGCUAAAAACAAAGGAGAAUUCGGAAAUGAAGUCCACCAGAACGUUAGACGUCACGUUCAAUUAACCUGCAAACCUGUCGUUAUAGAAGAUGAGUCUAAAAGAUGCGCCAUGUGUCUAUAUUCCGAAAUACUCAUACCCAAUAAACACAUUAGGUACGGACAUUUAGGUAACACUAGUGUGCUAGAGUGCCUCAACGGAUACGACAACGAUCUCGACAAAAGCAGCACCGCCAGGAGAUACUACAUCAAUUCGGCCGACAGGUACCACCCACUAUGCAUUGCCUGA